AUGAUAAUUUGCGUGUGCUGUGCAGCGGGGUCGAUAUUCGAUCUGCUGAACAGCGACGACCGCGCGUCGUGGAAGGCCAAGGCGUCCUACUGGCUGGAGGGUAUUUACGCGACCAUCGCCAUCACCGUGGUUGUCUUCUUCGCACUGUUCCUGGACGACUUCCGGCUGGCCGUGCUGCCCACCUCCCUCGAUGUCUCCUGCGAAUACAUCUCCGGCCUCAUCCUGGUGCUGUUCAGCCUGGAGCUGACGGUGGCGUGCCUGGUGCGCAAGGGCUACUUUGCAAGCAUCUACUUCUGGAUCGACCUGGCGGCGACGGUCUCCAUGCUGCUGGACAUCACGGCGCUCAUGGACCUGGUGUUCCACCAGAGGAGCAGUCUGGCCGGCAGCAGCGCGCUCGAUCGCGGGCCCCAGAACAAGGUGCUGGCUCGCGUGCGCCAGAUCCUGCGCGUCACCCGCAUCUUCCGCCUCAUGCGCCUCGUCCGACUCUACCUCCAAUACCUGGCGUUUGAGGCAAAGAGCGGCAUCACACCCUCCACCUCUUCAAACGCCCGAUGGUACUUACCACCCAUCACCAAGUCGGACUCCACCAUUCUUGCAUUCUUGCUCAAUACUCACAAUCUCAAUGGCCCUGCAGCUGCUGGGAUUAGUGCGUGCAUGCUGUUUGCCAGACCCUGUCGCAGCCGCGUGGGGCAGAAGCUGUCGGACCUGACGUCGCAGCGCGUGAUCGUGCUCAUCCUGACCAUGCUCAUCAUGAUCCCGGGGUUCAACUGGAACAGCGGCCUCUACGGCAACUUCAACAACAUCUCCGACGGCGGCCUCAAGAUGAUGCACGACAUCUUCCUCGCCGACGGCAACUCCACCGGCUUCCAGCAGGUCCCCCCCUUGCAACAUCUACCUUCUUGUCUGCUGCAUAGAUCAAAUGGGUCUUUCUCCAGACGACUGAAUAAUCUUCACAAGCAUUACAGCCAGGAGUGGCAACUGGAAAUUACCUGUGCGUGCAGGACGUUCAGUCCCGGGUGCUGGGACGGUGACUGGGCGGCGUGCUACCAGUCGGUGGCUGUGCUGGACCUGAAAUGGUACAGCCAGUUCAACGCGUUGCUCAACAUCCUGCGCACGCUGUUCAUCUGCGCGAUUCUGGCGGUGGGCGUGUUUGUGUUCAACCGGGACGCCAGCAAGCUGGUGCUGCAGCCCAUCGAGCGCAUGCUCAAAAAGGUCAAGGACUUCAGCAGGGAGCUGAGGGAGGGGGAGGCGCAGAUGGAGACCAGGAUCCUGGAGAGCAGCAUUAACAAAAUCUGCAGCCUGCUCGCUGUCGGGUUCGGAGAUGCUGGAGCAGAGGUCAUUGCGGAGAACAUCAAGAAUGGGGGCGACUUGAACGCCAUGGUUCCUGGGCAGAAGGUGUGCGCCAUUUUUGGGUUCUGCGACAUCCGUCAGUUCACGGACGCCACAGAGGUGCUGCAGGAGGACGUAAUGGAGUUUGUCAACAGCAUCGCCAAAAUCGUGCACAUGGAGACCUCGCUGCACGGCGGCUUCCCCAACAAGAACGUUGGGGACGCCUUCUUGCUGGCGUGGAAGUUUCCCAAGGGCUUUAACGUGCGCGACCUCAAGUCCCUGACCGAGCCGAAGCCGGAGCCGCUGCUGCCGGCGCGGGACCUGGCGGACAAGGCGCUGGCGUCGUUUGUGAUAAUCCAGGCCGCCCUCAAGCGCUCCAAGCGACUGCACCUCUACACCCUGCGCGAAGACCUCAACAAGCGCAUGCCCAACUUCCAGGUGCGCAUGGGGUUUGGGCUGCACGUGGGGUGGGCGAUCGAGGGCGCGAUCGGGUCGGAGUACAAGAUCGACGCGUCCUACCUGUCGCCCAACGUCAACAUGGCCUCGCGCCUGGAGGCCGCCACCAAGCAGUUCGGCACCUCCAUCCUCAUGUCCGAAGACUUCGCUCGCCUGCUCUCCCCGCAGGUGCGGCGGCGGGUGCGGCAGAUUGACUGUGUGACGGUGAAGGGCAGCAACCGGCCGAUGGGUCUCUUCACGUACGACGUCAGCCUGGACCGCGUGCACGCGCCAGAUCAGCACGCGACGGCCGCGGCGCCACCCGAGAUUGAGGGCGACCCGGUGUCGUACUCGCUGUCGGCGUACAACUGGGAGUUCAGCGACCAUCCCGACCUGGCCAACACCUGGGCCGUCGACCACGCCUUCCUCGACACCUUCGCGCGGGGGUUUGCGGCGUACAAGGCGGGGGCGUGGGAGGAGGCGCGGGCGGUGCUGGAGCAGACCAAGUGGAUGCGGCAGACGCUGGCCGGGCAGCCGCUCAUGGACGGGCCCUCCACCACGCUGCUGGACUACAUGGCCCCCUUCGACUACGCCGCCCCAUUCACCUGGAAAGGCUUCCGCGAGCUCACCGACAAGUAG